AAGAAGAGUGGCACAGAAGGAUCAUAGACCACUGCAUCAGAAAACGUCUACAAUGGAAUCAGUGUUUUGCACGCAAAGUCUGCAAAGAAGGAGAAUAUUAUGAAGAGAUGAUGCGCUAUCUGCUUAUUUCCCUACCAUCUUGCGGAAUAUGUUUGCCGUGUAAUGAGAGUGUCACCAUUCAGAUAUUACUGUGACAUGAUCUUUGAGGUUUUGAAGAAUGUGCUGCAGAUGCUUUGAGGCUCACAGGAAUUGGACGAAAUGAAUAUAUCGAUAUUAUGAACAAGUGCAGAUCGAAGUUCAACAAGUGGUAUCAGAGUCAGACCUGCUUUAGACGGAUUAACCACCAUCCGAAGUAGAAGAAAUGUCUGGAUCUAGCAUCUAUCCGACGAAAUUCGAGGGAGACUUCGCAAUGUGGAAAAAGCACAUGGAGGUAUUCUUCAAGACCAAUUUUAAAAUUUUGUUAAUUAUAAAAUACGAUUUUAUAGCAUCUAAGGAUCAACAAGGAGUUGACAAAGAAGAGUACAUGUGGACGAAGAAGGAACAAGCCGACUUCGUGGUUCAAAACAGAAUUCCAUUUGCUUAGCGUCCUUUCGCCCCAAGAGGUCAGCCGGAUCAGAAGCUACUAAUCUGCAAAAGAUCUCUCGGAGAAAUUCCUGAAACUUCACGAGGAAACUUUGGAAGCAAAAUUAGUGAGACGGGACAUCCUCCGAAGUCAACUGAUGAAUCUCCGGAUGAAUAAGGGAGAGAAGAUAGCUCAACUCCAUGCUAAGAUCAAAGAUCUGAUCAUCCAGCUCAACAACCUCAGAGAAAAGAUAACAAAUCAUGACUCUUUAAGGUAUGCACUUAAUGCCUUUCCGAGAACUCCAGAGUGGUUAGCCUUAGUAGAUGCUUACUACAUCUCUAAGGGCCUCGAGGUAAGUUCGCUUGAAAGUUUAUUUUCUACUUUUUGAACUUCACGAGUCUCGUUGUGUAGAUACUCAGGACGUAGAAAAAUCAAACAACAUUGUCCUAAAAGUUAUGAAGGACGAAUCAGAUGCCGACACUUCCCUUAACGAUGACAAAACGACAUUUAUGGUAAGAAAAUUUAAGAAAUUUUUUAGAUCUAAUAAAUUCAAUAAGAUGCAGGCCUAGAAAAGAAGAAAAAGAAAGGUGGGAUGCUAUCAUUGCAAUGAAGAAGGGUACAUCGAGGAUGACUGCCCAAGACUGAAGAAGGACAAUAAGAAAGAACCAAGCACAACAAAGCAUAAAACCCUGAAGGCGAUUUGGGAUGAGUCGUCAUUAGAAUCUGAUUUGGACGAGUGUGCUGGACAUGCACUGAUGACAAGUCACCAGGAGGAGAGCAUAGACAAAGGGGAGACUCCUCAGAAGAAACCUGUAGCGAUGAGGAAGAAACAAACUUUAGAGUGGAUCUGAAAAUUAUGUGGAAGCUGAACAAGUCAAUUGCUAAGGAAUUGCUCCCCACACAGCCUGUGGAUUUUCCUGUUGAGCCAUGGUGGGGAGUUUGCCUUGUUAACUUUACAUUGGAAGAAUUUAAGAAACUCACUGAAGAAGAAACAGCAACCAUAGACAAGGUCUGCAAGGAGGAAGUAAAUUCUUUUGUUCUUUUUGAUCCUGACAUUGUAAGAGGUCUAUACAGAAGGGGAUUGAUUUACUUGGAUAUACCAGUUUAUCCUGAUGAUCGGUUCAAAGUUUCCAGGCUUGAAGGUUUUGUUUCAAACAGGGAACAAUCCUAUGAGGAUCCUAUCGAAGAGUUGUUGUAUGCGGUUUUUGUUGUCUCAAGUGAGAAUGCAACUGUUGCUGAAUUGGCAGCAACACUGCAGGCUAACCUUUCUCAGCUGCAGGCAGCUGCGUCAUUUGCAUGCCGAUUGGGCUGGGCUAUAAAGCUUUUGGAUCCAGAAUCCAUCCUUCAUGAUUCUAGCAUUCAUGGUUCGGCUAACAAUGUUCUAAGUGAUGAUGACGAAAGUUUUAAUGCUAGCAUCAGCUCAGAAAAAUCUGGUCAACAGAAUCAUGGAUUGGUAGCUGAAAAAGACAGAACAAUUUCUGGCACUGCUCAUGUUGCUUUUGUUGUUGAUGCCAAUAUAACAUCCUAUCUGAUGAUGGGUUCUGUUUCACCAGGUUUGAAGUCUCAUGCUGUGACACUCUAUGAAGCAGGAAAACUUGGUGAUUCUAGUAUUGCUGAUCUCUGCAAGGAUCUCUCUACAUUAGAGGGGAAAAAAUUUGAGGGCGAAUUACAGGAAUUUGCCAAUCACGCUUUCAGCCUUCGUUGUGUUCUUGAGUGUCUACAGUCUGGCGGGGUAGUUGAAGAUGACAAGAAUGAGAGAACAAUUAAUCUAACUGAUACACAGCGCCAUCAGCCCGGUGGGGUAGCUGAUGGUGACAAGGAGACAAUUACUGAAACUAAUACACAGAAUCCUUUUAUGGAUGCCACUAGUUCGCUUAUAUCUGAGAUUAGGAUUUCAGACACAAAUGAAGCAAAGACAUAUUAUAAUGGUGAUUCUUCAAAACAUGAUCACACUAGUAUUCACCAGACUGAUUCUUUUGAGGAAUGUGAUGUUGCAAAUGCCCAUCUUCUUGCAUGUUCAGAAACUUCAGCUAAAGAUAACACAUCGAAACAGGAAAAUGAGUCACUGAGGGAUCAACAAGUUGCAUCUGUGGAUGGCCCAGAAAAUGAAAGGAUCAUUCCAAAAAGGAAAAGGAAGUACCGUGUUGAUGUUCUUCGUUGUGAAAGCUUGGCUUCUCUUGCACCGAAAACAUUAGAACGGCUCUUUCUCAGGGACUAUGAUAUUAUUGUGUCAAUGGUUCCACUUCCUGCUUCAUCAGUUUUACCUGGACCUUCAGGUCCAUUCCACUUUGGUCCACCCUCAUAUUCUUCAAUGACACCAUGGAUGAAACUAGUUUUGUACUCACUAGUGGAAAAUGGACCUAUAUCAGUUGUCUUGAUGAAAGGACAGUGUUUGCGAUUGCUUCCUGUCCCAUUAGCUGGUUGUGAGAAAGCCUUGAUAUGGUCUUGGGAUGGUUCUACAGUGGGAGGCCUCGGGGGCAAGUUCGAAGGAAAUUUGGUUAAUGGAAAUGUACUAUUACAUUGUUUAAAUUCAAUGCUUAAGCAUUCAGCUGUGCUGGUACAACCUCUCAGUAGAUAUGAUCUUGAUAGUUCUGGGAGAACUGUUUAUGUAGAUAUUGCAUUACCGCUUAAGAAUUUUGAUGGAUCAAUUCAACCUAUUGGGUCAGAUAUGGGACUAGAUCCAGAAGGAAUUGCAAACUUAAAUACAUUGUUAAAUGAGCUCUCCACCAAAAUAGAGUUAUUAACUGUUGGUUAUAUUCGCCUUCUAAGAUUGAGGAAGGCGAUACACUCAAACAUGUUUUCAUCAGAUGAUAAUAAGUAUGAAUGGGUUCCUUUAAGCUUGGAAUUUGGUAUUCCUUUGUUUAAUCCCAAAUUAUGUGGCAGAAUUUGUGAAAGGAUAGUCUCAUCACAUUUACUGCAAACAGAUUGGCUUAGCGAACACCAUGAUGCAAUGCAAGAUCUGAGAAAAAGAUUGUAUGAUCUGUGCUCUGAAUACCAAGCAACAGGCCGAACAGCAAGGUUGUUUUACCGUAUUGAUCAGGUUCGAGAAUCACCUCGUCAUUUGAUCAGUUAUGCUAGUGGAAGAUGGAAUCCACUUUUGGAUCCUUCAACACCAAUCUCUGGAGCUUCCAGUGAACAUCAGAGGCUCAAGCUAAUAAAUCGGCAAAGGUGCCGACCAGAGAUUCUUAGCUUUGAUGGCAACAUUCUCAGGUCUUAUGCACUUAGUUCCAUUUAUGAAGCUGGUGCACAACCAUUUGAAGAGUCAACUUCUGCUGAUGGAACAAAACAUGAAUCGGAUGAGGAACACAGUAGAGAAGUUGUCCUACCUGGUGUUAAUUUAUUGUUUGAUGGGGCAUCAUUACACCCAUUUGAUAUAUGUGCAUGUUUGCAAGCUAGACAGCCUGUUUUGCUAAUAGCAGAGGCAUCAUCUGCAUCUACUUUGAUGCAGGCAACUAGGACGUCAUUAUAGUUUGUUUUUGAAUUGCUUGUGUUACAAGUUUGAUGACGCUUGGAGACAUUCUCCUUUGUAUACCUUAGCAGUUCUUUUUCAGCAUCUUGAAGAUUCAUUGCUGCACUUCUAUUCAUUCUUUGAUUCAAGCAGAUAUUUUGUCAAGUAUGAUUAACCUAAAUUUCAUUCUUUUUUUGGCUUAUGAUAGCA